GGCUGCAGUCGGUGCCCGGCGCUCAAGGUUCCCCGGACCGCGGGCGGUGGAGCAGGCCCGGGGCAGCGGGGUUUGCUUUAGGACGAGCGGCUUUGAACCUCUGCGCCCGUCUCCGCCGGCAGGUGCGGCCUCCAGGCCUAUCGCUGGGUGCCCGGGGCUGCGAGUGUGGGGACCGCCCUGAGGUCCCUUCCCGAGCGACCUCCGGGACCUCGUCCAGGGCCUCCCAGGAAAGAAGGGUCUAAAAUAGAGAAAGUUGCUAACCCUUAUUGAGAGGACUAGGCUCUCUUACCUUCGAGGAUCGCUUAACCCGCACUUGGACCGUGAGAGAGAUACUAUUGUGUAGUUUGAAUCAGGAAUGAAAUCUUCUGAAAGCUGAGAGCAGAAGCCUUCUUGGUCAACAUGGAAGACAAAAGACGGCGAGCCCGAGUGCAGGGAGCCUGGGCUGGCCCUGCUAAGAGCCAGGCCAUUGCUCAGCCAGCUCCCACUGCUGAGAAGCAUCUCCAACAGGGACCUGGUCAAACCUGGAUGAACAUGGAGCAUCGUCUGUCUGACAGACAGUUUGUGUUCAAAGAACCCCAGGAGGUGGUACGCAGAGCCCCAGAGCCACGAGUGAUCGAUAAAGAGGGUGUGUAUGAAAUCAGCCUGUCACCCACAGGCAUAUCUAGGGUGUGUUUGUAUCCUGGCUUUGUUGACUUAAAAGAAGCCGACUCAGUAUUUGAACAGCUUUGUCAGGAUGUUCCCUGGAAACAGAGGACUGGCAUCAGAGAGGAUGUAACUUACCAGCAACCAAGACUUACAGCAUGGUAUGGAGAACUUCCUUACACUUAUUCAAGAAUCACUUUGGAACCAAAUCCUCACUGGCAUCCUGUGCUGCUCAUGCUGAAGAACCAAAUUGAAGAGAACACCGGCCACACCUUCAACUCCUUGCUCUGCAAUCUCUACCGAAAUGAGAAGGACAGCGUGGACUGGCAUAGUGAUGACGAACCUUCGUUGGGGAGGUGCCCCGUCAUUGCUUCACUCAGUUUUGGUGCCACACGCAUGUUUGAGAUGAGAAAGAAGCCCCCACCACAUCUUGAUCACACAAGCAAAAAAAUUCAGUGCAAUGAAUGCUGUUUUCUAGGAAGAGAACGGAGACUACACAUAUGUGGAGAGAGUGAAGUUACCCUUGGAUCACGGGACCUUGUUACUCAUGGAAGGAGCCACCCAAGCAGACUGGCAGCAUCGAGUGCCCAAGGAGUACCACUCUAGAGAACCAAGAAUAAACUUGACUUUUCGGACAGUUUAUCCUGACCCUUGAGGGGCGCACCGGUGAUGUGAGGUCUUGGAGAGGGAAGCUGUGCUGAGACUGAGCAAACCUUCCACCAUGAAGAAACUUCCGGAGACUGGUCCAGCUGCUCUCAUGGUGUGGCUGUUUGGAAGAUGUGGAUGGGAUUUGCUUCCCAGCUUGGAGUCCUAUUAGAUGACGGCCUGCAGUUCAUGUUUGUGAUAUGUUUACUGUGGGAACAGUAAUCCCUAAUCUUGUUUUGAAAUCACGUAUUUUCUUUAGGCAGAUUAAAAACUGCUGUGGCUGUGUUCACAGAUGAUUUUGUCCAUAAGCAGUUUUUUUUUCUGCCCUCUCCCGCUUCAUUUGAAGAAAUAUGAAUGGACUUUGCCUCCGGGGUAAAUCCACACGUUUGUUCCUUGUGCCUUUAGCAAAGUGGAGAUAUAAAGAUGAGUCAGUGACUCUGGA